GGAAAUUGGAGAUGGAGAUGUAACUAUUGCAGAGAGGAUUUUACCGGUUCACACUCAAGAGUUAAAAAUCACCUCUUGAGGAUAAGCGGGACUAGAAUUAAGAUGUGUUCCAAGUUAACCCCUGAAAAUUUAAGGGAGUUUCAAAGGACGUUGGAUCAAGCAGAGGCGAGGUUGAUGGCUUCUAGGCCUAAGAUGUCAGUUUUGCCUACAUCUUCGACUGCAAGUACGGCCGGUGUAGGUGCAAGUGCAAGCAUGCCGAUUGAUGCAGGUGGAUUUAAGAGGAGGAGGGGGCCUAAUACCGUGGAACAAGCAUUCAACAUGGGAGCAAGGGAGGAAUUGGAUGCAUUGAUUGGUAGGAUGUUCUUCACGGGGGGAUUGUCCUUCAACUUGACAAGGAAUCCAUAUUAUGCCAAAGCUUUUGCAUAUGCCGCAAACAAUCCAAUUUCUGGCUACAAGCCUCCUGGUUACAAUUCCAUGAGGACCACUAUCUUACAACGUGAGAAAACUCACGUAGAGAGAUUGAUGGAGCCCAUCAGGGGCACAUGGCAACAGAAGGGAGUCUCCAUUUGUAGUGAUGGGUGGGCGGAUGCACAAAGGAGGCCCAUCAUCAAUUUUAUGGCGGUAUGUGAGGGUAAGCCAAUGUUCUUGAAUGCCGUGAAUGUCGAGGGAGAAGUCAAGAAUAAGUAUUUUAUCCAAACACAGCUAGAAAAGUGCAUCACAGAGGUGGGACCGAAAAAUGUCAUCCAAAUCAUAACCGAUAAUGCUUCGGCAUGCAAGGCCGCGGGAGGGCUUGUGGAGCAAACUUGGCCUCACAUAUUUUGGACUCCUUGUGUAGUCCAUACACUCAAUCUUGCUGUCAAGAAUAUUUGUGCGGCUAAGAACACGGAAGCAAAUGCCGUGGCUUAUGCACAAUUACAUUGGAUUACAGAGAUCUCCGAUGAUGCAUUGUUUAUGAAGAAUUUUAUCAUGAACCACUCUAUGCGGCUUUCCAUAUUCAAUGAUUUUUCCAAGAUGAAGCUCCUAUCAAUUGCCGACACAAGAUUUGCCUCGUGGAUUAUUAUGUUGAAGAGGUUUAAGGUCGUCAAGAGAGGCCUCCAAGACAUGGUCCUUAGUGAUCGAUGGAGCUUAUAUAGAGAUGAUGAUGUGGAGAAAACUCAAUUUGUGAAAGAGAAAGUCCUCGAUGAUUUGUGGUGGGACAAGAUAGAUUUUAUUCUUGACUUCAUCGGCCCAAUCUAUGAAAUGAUAAGGGUCACCGACACCGAUACACCAUGUCUUCAUUUGGUGUAUGAUAUGUGGGAUACAAUGAUUGAGAAGGUGAAGCAAGCUAUUUACAGGCAUGAGGGUAAAAGGGAUAACGAGGAAUCUCCUUUUUAUGAGGUGGUUCACAAGAUCUUGGUGGAUCGAUGGAACAAGGGCAACACACCACUUCAGUGCUUGGCACACUCUUUAGUUCCAAGGUAAUAUUUCACAUUUUACUCUUUAAUGCGAAUAU